AUGGGUGAAAUGUGUGCUCACCGGAUUAUUCACAAAAAGGGACAACCAUCUAUUUAUGGAAGACCUUAUCGCGAACCAUUUUCCCAACAAGGGGAAAUAAAUACCCAAAUUCAGAAAAUGUUAGAUGACGAUAUAAUCAAGCCGUCUAUGAGUCCUUGGAAUGCACCGUUACUAUUAGUUAAAAAGAAAGCAGAUGCUUUGAUUUCAGAGCACUUCACGAAGUAA